AAAUCCCCGAUGCUGCACGUAUAAUUUUAUCACCAGUACCAUUUUUAUAAAUAAUUUAUAUGUAAAUUAACCGGUAUCCAUUUAAAUUAACCUAGUUUAAGUGCAAAAUUUUUGUGAAAUCAGCAAAUAUGAGGGAAAUCGUCCACAUCCAGGCCGGCCAGUGCGGAAACCAGAUCGGAGCUAAGUUCUGGGAGGUGAUCUCGGACGAGCACGGCAUCGACCCCACGGGAGCCUACCACGGCGACUCGGAGCUGCAGCUGGAGCGCAUCAACGUGUACUACAAUGAGGCCUCCGGCGGCAAGUACGUGCCGCGCGCCGUGUUGGUGGACCUGGAGCCCGGCACCAUGGACUCCGUGCGCUCCGGCCCCUUCGGACAGAUCUUCCGCCCGGACAACUUCGUGUUCGGACAGUCCGGCGCCGGCAACAACUGGGCUAAAGGACACUACACGGAGGGCGCCGAGCUGGUCGACUCUGUCCUGGAUGUUGUUAGGAAAGAGGCGGAGAGCUGCGACUGUCUCCAGGGCUUCCAGCUCACCCACUCGCUCGGCGGCGGCACCGGCUCCGGCAUGGGCACGCUGCUCAUCUCCAAGAUCAGGGAGGACUACCCUGACCGGAUCAUGAACACCUUCUCAGUCGUCCCCAGCCCCAAAGUAUCCGACACAGUCGUCGAGCCGUACAACGCUACGCUGUCGGUCCACCAACUAGUCGAGAACACUGAUGAGACGUACUGCAUCGACAAUGAGGCCCUGUAUGACAUCUGCUUCCGAACGCUGAAGCUGACCACGCCCACCUACGGUGACCUGAACCAUCUGGUGUCGGCGACGAUGUCAGGAGUGACCACUUGCCUGCGGUUCCCGGGACAGUUGAACGCCGAUUUGCGGAAGCUGGCGGUAAACAUGGUGCCUUUCCCACGUCUACACUUCUUCAUGCCAGGGUUUGCUCCACUGACGUCACGCGGCAGUCAGCAGUACCGAGCGCUGAGCGUGCCGGAGCUGACGCAGCAGAUGUUCGACGCCAAGAACAUGAUGGCGGCUUGCGACCCGCGCCACGGCCGCUACCUCACCGUGGCCGCUGUGUUCCGCGGACGCAUGUCUAUGAAGGAGGUCGACGAGCAAAUGUUGAACAUCCAGAACAAGAACAGCAGCUACUUCGUCGAAUGGAUCCCGAACAACGUCAAAACGGCCGUGUGCGACAUACCGCCUCGAGGACUGAAGAUGUCUGCCACCUUUAUCGGGAACACGACAGCAAUCCAAGAGCUCUUCAAGCGGAUUUCUGAGCAGUUCACUGCUAUGUUCAGGAGGAAAGCGUUCCUCCACUGGUACACUGGUGAGGGUAUGGAUGAGAUGGAGUUCACGGAGGCGGAGAGCAACAUGAACGACCUGGUCUCCGAGUACCAGCAGUACCAGGACGCCACGGCUGAAGACGAGGGGGAAUUCGACGAGGAUAUUGAAGACGAGUGAUCUAUGUUACAUGUCCAUUGUAUUUGUUUCGUGUUUAGUCAUUUCUUUCUUGGUCCGUCCUAUUAUUUUAAUAAAUGUUUAACAUUGCGAA